GUCGUCACCUAUCAGCAAGUUCACAUACAACGCGUCACACACGAGGUCACUGUGCAAUUCAGGGAGCUUGUACAGAUAUAUUCAUAUGUACUAGGAACAGGCAUGCUGUAGGCAGAUGCCUGCUCGUCUGUGUCCACGCUCGCUCCGCCCAGAUCCUGCCCGUCCUCGCUCCGGUCUCAGGUCAUCCGUGCCCACUCUCGCCCACACUCGUCCGCACCUGCUCCCAAUCAUCGUUCACGCUCGCCUCGACUCGUCCCCACGAGCACGCGUUCGUCCGUAUCCACGCCCACUGUUCGCUCCCACUUGCUGUUGUCUGUCCGCGUUCAGUGUACUCGUCGGCCGUGUUUGCGUGCCGGGCUGUUGUCCGUCGUGCUCAUGGUCGGUGUGCCCGCUCGUCUGUACAUCAAUCCACGCUCUUGCUUGUCUGUGCCCUCACUUGUCCGUACCUUCGUGCCCGCGACCUCCGCAGAAUACGGUCUUGUCCGGGCUCACUAUGCGCUGGUGGUCGCCGCGCGUGUUGGCGUGUGUGUGCCAUGCCCACCCGUACCGCAGUCGGCGUAUUUUUGCGUGCCCAUCUGCCCUGCUUUCCUGCCCAUCUGUCUACUUGCCCGCCUGCACCCGCGCUGCGCGCUCGAACCCCGCCGGCGCUCGCGCUCGCGAACCCUGCUCAAAAAAAAUCUCAUCAGCAGUGAGCUUUUAUGCAGAUAGCGGAGCCAACCAACCGUUGCUCGAGCUCGGCGACAGCGUCGCUCUCCUCGCGUGGUGCGGCCGGUCCUCGUCCAUCGGCAGCGACUGGUUGCUGCCAGCGACGGAAGGGGAUAGGUGAGAGGCGGGAGGGGCUAGGAGAAGGUCAACCACCGGAGCCGGACUGAGCGGAGACACACCUGCUGUUACUGCUGCUAGCGCUGCUGAUGCUGCCGACAUGGCUGCC